CGCUUCUAGCUCUUGAUCUGAACUACUUCAUACCAAAGGUUCCUUGCGAUCUCGUUGCGAUCUAGUUCUGCAGGUGCCGGUCACGCUCUUUUCGAUUUCAAGUCACUCAUUCAACACACCACGGCUGGUCUGUUGGGACCUCUCGAUAUUUCUUGGCUUAGGUAGCCACACAGUUGAAGAGUAGGAUCACUAUAGUUCAACAUCAGCGCGAUGAAGAAUCUAUUUACGACAUUGCUGGUGGCGUUGGCCGGACUCUCUGGUUUAGCACAGGCUACUGAUGUGCCGAAGAACAAUGUUCAUGAAAGAGGUCAGCGAAGAGGUGGGGCAGGGUCAUCAGAUCUAUUAGCAGAACUCGAAGCAAUUGGAGCGCUGGGAAAUGCUUUAGGAGCAAAGAAGGAGCACCAUGGGCAGAACGCCAAAGGGUCGACCGUCACGGUCACGAAUGCGGGAGCAGCAGGCGGAGGGAAGAAUGAUACAUGUCCAGGAGUAAAGACGUCAACCAUUACCGUUACGCAACAAGGGGCUGCGGCCGCUGGAACUGGCAAUCUCCGAUCCACGAUCACAAAGACCCAACUCGGGACAGGAGUAGCUCCAGCGGCUACUUCGUCAAUCACGGUUACGGUCAAUGGUGCUGGAGGGGGGAAUGCGGGAGCACCUGCCCAGCCCGCUCCAGCGGGUGUCAACCCUCCUGCUGGUAUUGGUGGAACCGCUGGUACUUUAUCAUCAGCAGCUAUUGUGAAAACCACUCAGCCUGUUGUAGCGGCAUCAGCUUCACCUGCAGCAGUGCAACCUUCACCUGCUCAGUCCGUUCCAGCGGGUGUCAACCUUCCUGCUGGUGUUGGUGGAACCGCGGGUAUGUUAACAUCAGCAGCUAUUGUGAAAACCACUCAACCUGCUGUAGCGGCAUCAGCUUCGCCUGCACCUGCACUUUCGGCUGGUGCUCCGGGACAAGUGGCCAAUGGCCAAGGAACUACCCAAGCAGACGGUUCUUGCAAUUGUCAAUGUCUCUGUGGAGCUGGAUCGUUCCCGAACAUGGGAGCGAUGGCUGCAGCGCCAGCAGGAGCUGGGACGACCCUCCAAACCGUGGCCAUCAACUCCGCGACACUGUCCACUGCCGCAAUUGCAAAGCCCGGUGCUACAGGAGCCAGCAUCGCUGGCGCAGCUGGUGCUCCAGGUGCUGCCGCUCCCGGUGGAUCCUCAUCAACAUUCACUAGUGCCGCGAUUCAAAAGACAGGAAUCUCAUCAGCGGGCUCAGCACCGUCGGCCGCUCCGCAAGUGGCGGCGUCACCUUCUCCCUCUCUCACAACUUCAGCAGUAGCAACAUUAUCCGAGGCGUCAAAUCUCGUGCUGUCGAUUUCAACUCCUGUGGCCGCGCCAGCGCAAGUACCACAGGCUCAAGCAACUCCAGACCCUAUCGAUAUUAGCAAGUUCACCCUCCAGAGCUCUUUGAUACUGGGCAGUUUGGCAACCGCGACAAUAAAAGUGUAGAGCGUCGAACCGUACAUAGAGUGGACUGGUUGUGCAGAUAUUAAUGGGAAU